CACCAACAUGUCCAUACCGUGUUGCUCUGACAGCAGCUACAGUGUGGUGACCGCUGAGAGUAAAAUCUAUCACCAAUGACAUAAAACAAGCACUGCAGUUUAAAUGUUGUGUGGCAUUAAAGUGGGUUAGAGGGUAUUUGAACUACAAUAAUGGCGCGGGUCGUGAAAGUGUUUAAGACUCUGCGGAAUCACUGGAAGAAGUCCACGUUUGCUACGGGUGUCCUGUCUUACGGAGGGUACUGGCUGUACGGUAAACACUGUGACAAUGUUCUGCGGAGAGAGGCUUGUCUAGAGGCCAGGGAGUAUGGACGUCAACAGAUAGCACCACAGGAGCGGCUGAGAAAAGCCACUGUGAUCUUGAACCCUGCAGCUUGCAGUGGGAAAGCCAGCAACCUGUUUGAAAAGAAUGCUGCUCCCAUUUUACACCUGGCUGGUGUGGAGAUUACAAUAGUCAAGACAGAUUAUGAAGGUCAGGCAAAAAAACUGGUGGAUCUUAUGGAACAGACGGACAUGCUGAUUGUGGCUGGAGGGGAUGGCACCUUGCAGGAAGUCAUCACCGGUUUACUGCGUAGGCCAGAUCAAGACGCAUUCAGUAAUAUACCAAUUGGAUUCAUUCCACUGGGAUCUCGCAAUUCUCUGAGUCCAGGUCUGCACCUCCUCAGUGACAACAAGGUCAAAGACAUAACAUCAGCAACACUGUCCAUUCUGAAGGGAGAAACGGUGCCGCUGGAUGUGCUUCAAAUCAAAGGAGAGAAAGAGCAGCCGGUGUUUGCUCUGACAGGACUGCGUUGGGGCGCUUUUAGAGAUGUGGCUGCAAAAAUCAGCAAAUAUUGGUACCUUGGACCACUGAAGUCAAGUGCAGCUCAUUGGUUCAGCACUCUACAGGAGUGGCCCUUGGUCCGGGAAGUCUCCGUGACCUACCUGUCGCCCACUCUUCGCCCCCCUGACCUGCCCCCUCAGAAGCCCACCAGGCCCAGCCUGCUCCAUCGCAUUGGCCGCAGACUGAAGAACUACUGGUACCCGCCUGUUGAAGAGCCUCCAAAAGAAGAAGAGCCAGAGAAGUGGGAGGAGCAGCAGCUGUCUUCGUUAGAGCUUUUUAUUCAAACGCACAACAAAAACCCUGUUGAGAUGCGCAUAAAUGACUCGCUGAUGAUCUGCGCAGAGCCAGAUGACUUCACUGUGAGUGAGUUCAUCACUGUUGGAAAUAAAAAAGAAGAGGACCCAACUAUAUUCACUAAAGGUUCCACAAAACUGGAAGCCAGUGCUUGUCAGCUGCAGCUGCCUGAGGGUACCGGUGGCUUUUACAACAUUGACAACGAGGAAUACGAGGCCAUGCCUGUAGAGAUAAGGCUGUUGCCACGGAAACUACGCUUCUUCAUCAAUGCAGAGCGCAGAGAGCAGCUCCUCUCACAGAUGCAGUGAGGAGCAAACAUAACACCGGAAAGGACACAAAAACAGCAGACAGAAACUGAUUUCUGCAGAAACAAAAGCAACGGACCAGAUGCCACGAAACUCUGAGCUCAUUUUAAAAACAGAUGCCUCCUUUUUCCAACAGUUUUAAAUAAUCAUGACACACUGAUGGUUUGAACGAUCUGUUUAACUACAUAUAAACACUGAUAAAAUAUUCAGUUAGUUGUUUUUAACAAUUAUGAAAAGUAUUACAUUAGAUGCUGUUGAAUAUGAAAGGACCAAGGCUUUGUUUUUCUACUGUCUUACAAAAGGACUUUAUGUUUACCUGAUGGCUUUCUGUUUGCCGUCACACUUGAACUUGGUCAAUAAAAAGACGUUUGCCCAAUUCGU